CAGUCGACGCAAGUCAUUUACAUUUCAUUGGUGUAGUAUUGUCAUAGUGUUCAUUAUAGUUCGCUUCUUUUACUUCAUAAUCGAGAUCAAUGACGAAAAAUAGUCGUCUCUUCAUAUAAAUUCUUUUUUAUCUAUUAAUAAGAUAUAUAUCACUAGUAGCAUAACAUGAAAUUGUGGAUUGUGAUAGUGCAUAUCAUAUUAGUUGCUACUAAUCUAUGGGUCACAGCUCAUUUCCAUGAGGAAAUACCUGAAGACAAUGAGUUUGCAGAAUUUGAAGACUUUGAAGAAGAGAAGUUGAAUAUACACAAUGAACGUGUAGUAGAUUCAGCUCAAGAAAGCAAUUUGAAUCAGGACUUUGAGGAAGACGAUGUCCUGGUUGCAGACGGAGACAGUGAAUUUGAUCACUUUCAAGAUGAGGAAGAGUUUGAGGGACUGGAUGUUACAACUGGUAACUCUGGUCCAAAAACUGAUGAGCCUUCCACGUUAACUAUCACAAAAGUUCCAUUACAUCUGCGGGACAGAUGGGAUAGUUUUUAUCUAGAAAUACUGAUGAUCACUGGACUGUUAGUGUAUUUUAUCAAUUACAUGGUAGGACGUUCCAGAAAUGCUCGUAUAGCUGAGCAAUGGCUGAUGGAUCAGCAGCAAGUAUUGAAUGAGAAUUUCUCUUUGAUUGGCCAUACAGGUAGAUCAAGUGACAAUGCAAACGACAACGGUUUGAUGAAAGAGAGUGAAUCCCAGUAUAGUUUGUAUUGUUCUGGACGUGUCGGGUGUGAUUCGAUGCUCGUUGAGUUGAAAUUAAUCAAACGACAAGAUUUAGUCGCUGUGUUAGCUCAGCUGGUACGCCCGCAAAAUGAUCAAGCUCAUAUACAUGUAGAGAUCUCAAAAGAUGAGACAGAUAAUUUUGUACUGGCAGUUGCCUCAAAGCGAACAGCAAUGCAUCUGGUACGUGAUAUGGCUGAUAUCAGUAUGUAUUGUCCAGAGAAACGGCCGGCAGAGAAGUUCGGUCUUCCAUCGGGUUUUUGCGUGAUGUCCGAAAUCGCAGAAGCGGCAUCGGCUAUUCUGGACACUAGGGUUCAGUAUAUCUUCUCAAAGUUUGCACCUCACAUAGAUUAUAUUCACAUUAGUGAUCAAUUUAGUGGACGCAAGCAACAAGAAGACACUGCUCAAUUGACAAUGCCUGAGGUGAGGAGGGUGCUGAUGGUAGGCCUGAAUAUAAGUCUUAAAGGCCGCACUUAUGACGUGGAGACUCGACAGAAACUUAAGAUAUUACUUCAUUUCACUUUUUAUUUGCUCGAUAAGCUACGACGUUUCAAAUUGUCUAAGGAGGGCAAAAACAAGGCUGAUAAAAAUCGACUCAGAGUGGAGGAAGCUUUCUUGAAGACGACGCACGCGGCGAGAGCCGAAGCGGCGGCGCAAAAGCGAGAGGAACGUCGCAGAGCCGAAAAGGAAAGGAUCCUUCAAGAGGAAGAUCCCGAAAAGCAGCGUAAAUGGGAGGAGAAGGAACAACGUAGGUUGGCGAAGAAGCGCGCUCCUAGAAUGAAGCAGCUCAAGGUGAAAGCCUUAUGACCAGGUACGACCGAGAUUAGCGAGUGCAGUGCGAAUUCUAGAGAGCCAUGAGUUCAUCAUUAUCGUUGAAAUACUCUAGAAGAAAUUUCAUAGAUACAUUGAAAAAAUAUACUUCAUUCAAAUUACUCACAAGAUAUAAAGUCAAACUUGUAUCCUUCGUCAGAUUAUCUCCUAUUCACUCGACAUUCUCGCGCGAAGUAUCGAACUUAUCGAAGAAAGUACAAACGACUGUGCGAACGAGAAUAUCCUGUAAUUUAUUGUAUAAUGUAUACUUUGUUUGCCCUACUGCCAGCUUGUAUACUUAAAUAUCAUAGAUAUUUCAUGUUGAAAACGAGAAAUGUAAUAAACUCUAGCGUAUA